CCAAGGCCGUGGCUCUCAGGAGGCAACUUCAAGCUGGUGCCAGGAAGUGAAUGAGCAAAUUGGCUUUGCAAUUCUGGUUUUGGGCAGAAGAGUGACAUGAACCCAUGGUCUUAACUAUGUAACCUUGGCUACCCUGGAGCUAACUGGACAAGACUGACUUUGAACUCACAGAUGUCUGCCUGCUUCUGCUUUCCAAGUGCUGAGAUUUAAAGGAGAUGCUCCCCAAGAGAAAAUAGAAGAAUGGACAUGGACAUACUGAGAACUUAGGCAGCAAGGGGGUUCAAACUUGAAAGGUACAUCUGGUACAUGGCCAUACCUGAGGUGAAGAGCCCUGGGUACUCAAAGAUGCCCACGCUUUAUAGAGUGCUAGUCCCCUGGGUAGCAAAGGGGUGAAGGUCAUUGUGAAUGUCCCAGAUGUUCCACUGUGAAGUGAAGAAACUAGAGUACGCUUCUAAGAAAUUUACUAUUCUGAAGGUGGAAAAUCUUCUGCCAUUGGGCAAUUCAACGGUCGAAUUAUAGGUUCUACUGAUCCAGGAAACGCAUCUAUCACCAUAUUGAAUAUGCAGCCAACAGACAGUGGAAUGUACAUCUGUGAUGUCAACAACCCUCCGGAUUUUGUUGGCAAAAACCAAGGCAUCCUUGAUGUCACUGUCUUAGUCAAACCUUCCAAGCCCCUUUGUACCAUCCAAGGAAGACCAGAAGCAGGCCAUCCUAUUUCCUUGACUUGCCUUUCUGCUUUUGGAACACCUUCUCCUGUGUAUUACUGGCAUAAGAUUGAGGGAAACACCAUUGUACCAGUAAAAGAAAGCUUCAACUCAGCCACUGGAGUUUUGGUUAUUGGAAAUCUGACAAAUUUUGAACAAGGUUAUUACCAGUGUACUGCCAUCAACAGUCUUGGCAACAGUUCCUGUGAAAUUGACUUAACCUCUUCACAUCCUGAAGUUGGAAUCAUCAUUGGUGCCUUGAUUUGUGCCUUGAUAGGAGCUGCUGUCAUCAUCUCUGUCAUAUACUUUGUCAGGAACAAAGUUAAGUCAAAGCAAAAGAAGAGGAAUCUCAAUUCAAGCACAGAACUUGAAUCAAUGACAAAGGCACGCUGCCCCCAAGAAACUGAAGUGAUUCCAGCUGAUGACAUCCAGCUAGAAGCACCUCUGCCAUCUUUCAUCCUUGACACCCACAACACCGAAACUACUACUGCCAUCUUGGGGCCAAAAUAUGAGCCUGAUCCUCAGGUGGAAACUGCCAUACAGCCUGACCCUAAACCUGAGAUGGAGGUUCAUCUGAAUCCAGAGCUGGACCUGGAGCCAGAACUAGAGACAGAGCCUGAGCUUGAGGUUGAGCCUGAGGCUGAAAUAAUAGUUGAGCCUCUGAGUGAGAAGGAAAAAGAUACAGUUAAGAUGUAGACAUAGAUAGGUAUGGCAUUAAGUAUGGCAAUUCUCACUAAGACACCCAUUCCUGGCCUUUAAAAUUCAGUGGACUUAACCAGCCCACAGUUUGUCCCUCCAUCAUAGACAGCCCUCAUCUAAUAACAUGCUUAUUUUUGUCAUUAAUCCAAAAUAAAUAAAUCAAAGUAACUACUAAUGAAAUGGAAGGGAUUUUGCUUUCUUAGUAUAGAUUACUUUAAACUGUACUAAUAUGUAAACCUAACAAAUGACAAGGCCAAGACAAAUGCUUCAUUUGUUGGAAGAGUGUUUGCAAAAGUAUUUUCUGAAUUUUAUAGUCAUUUUUGGUCAUGGUUCACAUGUACACAUCAUAAGGUAGGGUUAAUUUGAUUGAAUAUUAAUUUGAGGAUUAGUUAUCUUCUCUAUUCACUUUUUAUAUAUAUACCUCUGAGAAAACAACUUGACAUAAUUGGCUCAUACAUUAGAAAAAAAAAUCCCCAAAUAAGAAUGUAUGUAUCAAUUUGUACAUAGAAUUUAAAAUUAAGUCUUAAAAGUUAUCAUAUUAGAUCUUUAAGAAAUCACCUCAGUUUCCAACACUUGAGCAUAAUAUUUUUAUGGCGCAUUUUUUUUCACUGCGAAAUUAUGUACAAGCAAAAAUUUAGAAUAAACUUUUCUCUUGGUGGAUGUAAAGUGUUGGUAUUGGAGGCAAUUUAUAAUAUAGCUUUAGAUAAGCUAUUUUUUUUUUUAAUCACUGAUGCUAUCUGCUUGGGCGAUAGCCUGGGACAGUUUUCUCAGUGAGCACUUUGGUCUAUUUUACAUAAUCUAAACUGGGAAUUUAAAUAAUCUGUGUUACUUUGUCUAUAAUCCAUGUUAAUGGAAAUAUCAAUCUUACAUAAAUGAUAAAUAAUAAAUGCAUUAUAAAAUCCUUUCUUUACUUUAGGAAAGCUUUUUCACAAUCAUAUUUCGCAACACCUCAUUCAGAAGAA